CGUACGCGCGCUGGCUCUCAUGAAGACCUCAGCUGUCUGGCGGGUUAUACUGUAUUUCUGCGGUCUAUUUACAACUCGCUCUACCUUGGUUUUACCUUAGGAUUUCCUGCUAGAUAUGCCUCCAACAGUUUCAGGGAUCAAUAUGGAUCCAUAUGUAUCAGGUGCUGGCGCGGAUGUGAAAUCCCGAAUUGAGGCAACAUUAAAGAAAAGAAUUAUGAUUUUCGACGGUGGUAUGGGAACUAUGAUUCAGAAGCUACAUUUGGAAGAAGCCGAUUUUCGAGGGGAAGAAUUCAAGAACCACCCUAAAUCACUGAAGGGAAACAAUGACCUACUGAGCAUCACAAAGCCGGAUGCAAUACUAGACAUUCACAAGGGGUACUUGGAGGCUGGGGCAGAUUUUGUGGAGACAAACACCUUCAGCGGAACAAAGAUUGCACAGGCUGACUAUGGCUUGGAAGAUGCGGCCUACAGGCUUAACAGAGCAUCUGCUGAGGUAGCUAAAAGGGCAGCUUAUGAAGUUACAGCCAGCACAGGUGUAGAAAAGUUUGUGGCGGGGGCAAUGGGUCCCACAAAUCGAACACUAUCUAUCUCCCCUACAGUGGAGUGUCCUGGGUUCAGGAAUGUCACCUUUGAUGAGCUUGUUGAUGCCUACACGGAGCAGGCAAGAGGUUUACUGGAUGGAGGAGUAGACGUUCUUCUUGUAGAGACUAUCUUUGAUACUGCAAAUGCAAAGGCUGCUCUUUUUGCUAUUGACCAACUGUUUGAAAAAGAAUACAGCCCAGUUCCAGUAUUUGUGUCUGGAACCAUUGUAGAUAAGAGUGGAAGAACCCUGUCUGGUCAGACAACUGAGUCAUUUGUCAUCAGCGUGUCCCACUCAAGUCCAAUGUGUAUUGGUUUGAAUUGUGCUCUGGGAGCAGUAGAGAUGCGACCAUUUAUUGAGGCGGUUGGAAUGAACACGGAAGCCUACACUAUCUGCUACCCUAAUGCAGGUCUGCCAAAUACAUUUGGUGAUUAUGAUGAAACUCCAGAGACAAUGGCCAAACACUUGAAGCAAUUUGCUCAUGAUGGAUUGGUCAAUAUUGUUGGAGGAUGUUGUGGAACAACUCCUGAACACAUCAGAGCAAUAGCUGAAGCAGUCAGGCCAUACAAGCCACGCAUGCGGCCUGAAGACCUGCACAGCGAUGCAUUGUCUUUGUGUGGACUGGAGUCAAUGCGUAUAAACCCAAGCGUGCUGUUUGUGAACAUUGGUGAACGCUGUAAUGUGGCAGGAUCUAGAAUGUUCUGCAAACUUAUCAAAAAUGGAAAGUUUGAGGAAGCAUUAGCUGUGGCAAAACUCCAAGUUGAAAAUGGUGCUCAGAUUCUGGAUAUCAACAUGGAUGAAGGCAUGCUUGAUGGAGUAGCCUGCAUGACAAAGUUUGUGAAUCUCAUCGCUUCCGAGCCAGACAUUGCCAAGGUCCCCUUGUGUAUCGACUCGUCAAACUUUGAUGUGAUAGAGGCAGGCUUAAAGUGUGCCCAGGGCAAAUGUAUUGUAAAUAGCAUCAGUUUAAAGAAUGGCGAAGAGGAUUUUCUGGAUAAAGCCCGCAUCAUCAAGCGAUAUGGUGCCGCUGUCGUUGUCAUGGCAUUCGAUGAGCAGGGGCAGGCAGCCGACUGCGAGCGAAAGGUAGAGAUCUGCACUCGCUCAUACAACCUACUUGUAAAAGAAGCUCACUUUGAACCAAAUGACAUCAUCUUUGACCCGAACAUCCUGACCGUAGCCACUGGUAUGGAAGAACACAACAACUACGGGAAAUACUUCAUUCAGGCUACACGCAUAAUCAAGGAAACCCUCCCUGGGGCGCGAGUGAGUGGUGGGCUUUCCAACUUCUCCUUCUCCUUCCGUGGAAUGGACGCCAUUCGAGAGGCGAUGCACAGCGUCUUUCUCUAUCAUGCAAUCAAGGCUGGUCUGGACAUGGCCAUCGUGAACGCUGGAGCGUUGCCUGUCUACGAUGAUAUCGAAAAGAAUUUAUUAGAACUUUGUGAAGAUCUCCUGUGGAACAGAGACCCAGAAGCCACAGAGAAACUACUACAACUUGCACAGUCGAUGGGCCCUGGUGCGAAAAAAGUUACCAUAACAGAUGAAUGGAGACACGGAAACGUCGAGGAACGCCUGGAAUUUGCUCUGGUGAAGGGCAUUGAUAAGUAUGUCAUAGAGGAUACGGAAGAAGCUCGUGUGAACACUGACCGGUAUCCACGUCCGCUGAACGUCAUCGAGGGACCACUGAUGAAGGGAAUGGGAGUCGUGGGUGAUCUGUUCGGAGCAGGAAAGAUGUUUCUGCCUCAGGUCAUCAAGUCUGCUCGUGUGAUGAAAAAGGCUGUUGGGCAUUUGAUCCCAUUCAUGGAGGAAGAACGACAGAUGCGGCUUGCAAACGGCGGCGGUGAUGGGGAUUCUUCGCUCAAGAACAAAUACAAUGGCACGAUUGUACUGGCGACAGUGAAAGGGGAUGUUCACGACAUCGGCAAGAAUAUUGUUGGCGUUGUCUUGGGCUGUAACAACUACAGGGUGAUUGAUCUAGGCGUGAUGACAGCUUGCGAGAAAAUCCUCCAGACCGCAAUCGAGGAAGAAGCAGAUAUCAUUGGUUUAUCUGGACUGAUCACACCCUCUCUCGAUGAAAUGAUCCACGUUGCUAAGGAGAUGGAGCGACAGGGGCUCAAAAUCCCUUUACUGAUUGGUGGAGCCACGACAUCCAGGACGCAUACAGCCGUGAAGAUAGCGCCAAGAUAUAGCGAACCCACUAUACAUGUGUUAGACGCGUCAAAGAGUGUGGUAGUGUGCUCGGCGCUAAUGGAUAAAGGAGCCCGCGAUGAUUUUGUGGAGGAAGUCAGCGAAGAGUACGAAGAAAUUCGGGAAGAUCACUAUGACUCACUCAAGGAGCGGCGGUAUCUUUCCAUUGAGAAAGCUCGAGAGAAAAAAGCUUUUGUGGACUUUGUCGACUUCAGGCCGGUGAAGCCCACUUUCCUCGGGAUAAAAGUGUUCGAAGAUUACGACCUUGAAAAAAUAAUUCCUUAUAUCGACUGGAAGCCGUUCUUUGACGUCUGGCAGUUGCGGGGAAAAUACCCCAACCGUGGCUACCCGAAAAUAUUCAACGACAAAACCGUAGGCGAGGAGGCGCGGCGGGUUUACAAUGAUGCCCAAACAAUGCUGAACAACGUGCUACGAGACAAGACCCUACGUGCAGUGGGCGAGCUUGCAUUCUUCCCUGCCAACAGUGAAGGGGACGAUGUCUACGUGUUUGACGAAGAUGACAACCGGACGGGCGAACCCAGGGCUGUGUUCUGUGGACUAAGACAACAGGCUGAGAAGGAGCACGGCGUAACAGACCCAUAUUACUGCAUCUCUGACUUCAUUGCACCGCGUGACUCUGGGAUCAAGGAUUAUGUCGGCUGCUUCGCCGUCACGUGUCUAGGAGCUGAGGCCUUGGCGGAAGAAUACCAAAACGAGCUGGAUGACUACAGUGUUAUUAUGGUUAAAGCUCUUGCCGAUCGCAUUGUAGAGGCGUUUGCCGAGGAGCUACAUGAACAAGUACGAAAGCAUUAUUGGGGUUACUGUGGUGAAGAAAGCCUGGAUACGAAGGACCUACACAGGAUAAGAUAUCAGGGUAUCAGACCAGCUUUUGGUUAUCCAAGUCAACCUGACCACACAGAAAAGCUUACCAUGUGGGGCCUGAUGAACUGCGAGGAAUCCACCGGCAUCAAACUGACAGAAUCUCUAGCAAUGGACCCGGCGGCGUCGGUAUCUGGCCUUUACUUCAGUCACCCCGAGUCUUGCUACUUUGCUGUUGGCAAGAUAUGUCAAGACCAGAUUCAAGAGUACGCCAAUAGAAAAGACAAGCCCGUUCAAGUUAUGGAAAAGUGGUUAUCGAGUGCGUUAUCGUACGAUGCAGAGUGACAUCACCUCGGUCUGGUGACAGUUAGAUGUAUUUAUUGUGCAUAGAGCGUCCCAAGAUCCCUGUGUGAUUAAUUUACAUACAUAGGGGAUACGGCUUCGGUGAAGGGUGCAUGAAACUCGUUUUAAUCUAUACAAUAAAAAAUCAUAAUGAA